AUCAGCAUCCCAUGAACAGUUUUUAUAGUUUUUGUUUUUGUAUUAAAGGAUUUGCAUGAAGAUCAUCCACUAGCAAUUCAUUGGUGUUGGAGGGAAUGGCGGGCAUUUUUCUCAGGAAAUCUGCAGAUGAUGAUCUUCAUGCCUUCUAUCCAAUUCGACCCGAAUGCGCUGCUGACGUCCCCAAGGCCCGUUUUAGAGCCCGGGCUGGGAAAACUCUUAGUCCAAGAAAAUGGCAAGCUGCAUUCUCUGAAGAUGGUCAUUUGGAUAUAGCCAAAGUGCUUAGACGAAUCCAGAGAGGGGGUAUUCAUCCUUCAAUCAAAGGGUUAGUAUGGGAGUUCUUGUUGGGUUGCUUUGAUCCUGACAGCACCUUUGAUGAACGAACUCAACUGAGGCAAUGCAGGAGGCAGCAGUACGGAAGAUGGAAAAUUGAAUGUCAAAACAUGGUUCCCAUCAUUGGUAGUGGAAAAAUAAUUACGGCAGCUAUUGUAUCUGAUGACGGGCAAAUGUUACAAGAUUCUUCAGCAAACAAUGAUUCACAAGAUCAGGACUGGCAUGUAAAUAGUGCUAUUUCCGACAAGAAAGUGCUUCAAUGGAUGCUCUGCUUGCCUCAAAUUGGUUUGGAUGUUGUUCGAACAGAUCGAGCUCUUGUCUUUUAUGAAAGUGAAAUAAAUCAGGCAAAACUUUGGGAUGUUCUUGCAAUUUAUUCGUGGGUGGACAACGAUAUUGGUUAUGUUCAAGGAAUGAAUGAUAUUGCCUCUCCAAUGAUAAUUCUUCUUGAAAAUGAAGCAGAUGCCUUUUGGUGUUUUGAGCAUGCAAUGCGAAGACUGAGAGAAAACUUUAGGUGCACUACAAGUUCAAUAGGGGUGCAAACGCAGUUAAGCACACUCUCACAAAUUAUUAAAACCAUUGAUCCUAAGCUUCAUCAACACCUUGAGGAUCUAGAUGGUGGAGAGUAUCUGUUUGCAUUUCGCAUGCUGAUGGUUCUUUUCCGGAGAGAGUUUUCCUUUGUGGAUGCGUUGUAUCUUUGGGAGCUGAUGUGGGCCAUGGAAUACAACCCAAACAUCUUUUCAUCAUAUGAGUCAAGUUCAAAUAAAAGCGAAGCAUCUAAAGUAAAUGACAAGCAGCUAAAGCAGUAUGGAAAGUUUGUGAGAAAAAAUGUGAAGUCUGGACAAUCGGAAAAACAAAGUGCACUCUCUGUUUUUCUUGUAGCAAGUGUUCUUGAGACCAAGAAUAAGAAACUUUUAAAGGAGGCCAAGGGUCUGGAUGAUGUUGUCAAGAUUUUGGGUGACAUUACUGGAAAUUUGGAUGCUAAAAAGGCAUGUAACGAGGCAUUGAAGAUUCCAGAAAAAGUAUCUUAGUAAGGUAGUAGAAUUCAUUCU